AUGAGCAGCAAAGUCCAAAUCCUUCCUGAACUUUUAAUCGAAAAAUCUCUUGCUCAAAAAUCUGAAGCUUCAUCAGUUCAUUCAGCUAUUUUCAGACCUCAAAUAUCAGUUGAAAAACUUUAUAAGUCUGAAGCUAAAAAGCAACCAAAAUACAUAAUUUCUGAGCCUGGAACAAUAUCGAAAGAAGAAUCGUCAGAAGCCUUCUCAAUCAUUUGCAGACCUGUCGUUCCAGUAGAGAAAAUAACUGAAAUUAUGAUACAAGAGGAUAUCGAUAAUAUUUUUGUAGUAAAAUACUCUAUUAUGCCAAAACCUCGAAUUCCGAUUGAAAAAUAUGAAGAGGAUGAAAUAAGAAGCUGGGUAAUAAACAGAGACAGCCAUUCUGAAAGCAAGCCAAUUAGACAAGAAAUCCCACUCUCAGCCUUUUCAAGUAUAUCUAGACCUGUCGUACCUAUUGAAAUGCUUAGUAAGGAAAAAAUAAGAAGGCACCUUAAAGAAAUUGCUGACACUGCUCAAUACCAAGAAUCAUCAGUUGUUUAUUCAGCGAUUUCAAGGCCACAGAUAGCUAUUGAAAAACUAUAUGAAGAAGUUACAAGAAAACGGAAGGUUAAUAAAGUUUAUAUUGAUUACUCUGAAAAAAGCAAAAUAAAAGAAAUUGUUCUUGGGUCUAAGCCGAUCUCUAUUGUCGAACAACAUUCUCACCUAAGAGAAAAAGUGCCUUUUGUGACUGCUGAACAUAUUUUAACUCCUCUUUUAAAGCCGCUUAUAGUCUGUGAAGAAAUAUCUGCUCAUCAAGCUAAAAUUAUUCUUGGAGCACAAAGUGCAAUAUCAGCAAGCCCAGAUUCAGAGAUACUUAAAUUGCAAGCUUUCUUUAAGCCUAAUAUAUCAAUGCAAACUAUUUAUAAAAAGCCUAUUGAAAUAGUCGAAGCUACAGAGAGCCAAUCCUCUUCAGAAGAAAUCCCUGAAGAAGAAUUCGGAGCAGUUUCAUUCCAAAUUGAAGAAAAGUCCACCAAACUACAGUCAGAAGUUCCUGAAAACAAAAAGCCAUCUGCAUUAUCGUAUACUUACACUUAAUUAACUUAUAUAAAACCCGCCGUAAUUCCCGAAAGACUACCUCCAUCCAUGAUGCUCAACCAAUCGUAGCACGACCUUCAAAUCUUCGUUUUUAUAGAUUAGGAUUAGUAUUAUCUAUUUGUAGUUGGAUGAGUUACGCUACCUUGCAGUACGUCAACAGAGGUUUCUCUUUCCGAAAUUUUAAAAACAAAUUUUCUGAUCAAGCUGUCGGCUAAAAUGGAAAUCCAAAGCCUGGGACGCAAUACCCAGUAUUGUGCUGAGAAAUGCCCAAUGGACUGUUUAGUAGCCCACAAUGUUGCUGAGCCACCCCUUUCCAACUCUUGAUCUGGAAAGACUUCAGUCAACCUAAUUCGACAUUGCGCUGCACCAAAACAAGUAAAGCCUAGCUGGAUAUACUUAUUGAGCGCCAAUUUCCUUUCAAUAAGGGCAGCGCGACUUUUCGGUUCUACAGCUGCAGGUGCUGAGACAAAGGGCGGGUUCACUCUCUCCAUUUUAAUGUAUAUGCAUUAUCAUAUACAGUCCAGCCUUUACUUCUCAUUCCGUUAGAAAUCCACUAUGAGAAGCCAAAUAUUGAAGAGGAAGAAGUCAUUAUUUCUCCUGAUGUAUUUUUCUUUAACCCAAUUAUUGAUGAUUCACAAGAAGAAGUAUAUACAAUGGCUACUAAGGUUGCUACAAUGGUAGAAUUCCAUGAAGAAAAGGCGAUUGUAAAGCAAGCUGAAAGUAAAGGAGAUGAAGCAAAAGAUAUAAAAUAUUAUGAAAUUAAACCAAUGCAAAAGCCUGUUAUCAGUAUAGAAAGUGUGGUUACAGUUACUCCAAAAAGACUUUUACAGAGAGAAAUUUCAAUUAUAGAAAUUAGAGAAAAUAUCGAGAAUAAGUUCUCACUUCAAGCAAUUGUGAAGCCAAUUUCUAUCCUUGAAGCUAGCCUUUCUGCUAAUUCCUCUGCUUUAUGAGAGAAAAUUGAUAUGAUUUUACGUUUGUAAAUGAUUUUUUACUUGAAUUAUCAAAGUUUAUCUUUUGCAAUCUCAAGCUAAUCUUAUAAAUUUAGUCUCCUUGAAUUCGAAAAAAAUCAAAAUCAUUCAGAUUUUUAUUAAAAUCUAAAAUAUAAAAACGAUGCAGUGGGAAAAUAUAUUUUGUGCACUGGAGAAGAUGUAAGAAUAUUGACAUUUCUGAAAAAGAUAAACAAAUUCUCCCUGGAGCUCACCAGACUAAAGAUAAAUCAAAUCUGCCUGAAAUCUAUAAAGAAUCGUCUCAAAAAUUAGUAGUAAUUCCUUUACAAAAACCAGUUAUUGUUGCUGAAAGUUACAUUAGCAGGCAUGAUAUUUCUGCUUCGUUUUUAUCAGAACCCCAAAGAAAUCCUCUUGAGACUGAGCCAUAUAUCAAAAAUAUUUUUGCAUUAAAAUACUCUAUUAUGUCAAAACCUCGAAUUUCGAUUGAAAUAUAUAAAGAAAAUGAAAUAAGAAAUUGGGUAAUAAACAGAGACAGCCAUUCUGAAAGCAAGCCAAUUAGACAAGAAAUCCCACUAUCAGCCUUUUCAAGUAUAUCUAGACCUAUCGUACCUAUUGAAAUGCUUACUCCCCCCUUAUGAGCGAGCAAAACCAUUAGAAAAAUCCCUAUAUUUUGUCUAAGAGCCCACCCUCUAUGAGCUAACAAAAAUAUUUUAUGAAAAAAAAAAUUUAAUAUAUAAAUGAUAAUUGAUAUAAUAAAAUCUAGCUAAUUCUGUUUAAUUAUAAACAAAUUGGGUUUUAAAACAUAAAUUUUACUAGUUAAAUUAAUAUUUGUUUCAAAUUUUUGCAAAUUUGGAUUUUUUAAAAUUAUAAUAAAAGAUUUUUUUAUAAAAUUUAUAUAUAAUUAGUUGAUUAAAUUUCUGAUCGGCUCCCACGAGCCUAAGAUAGAUUUCACGAGUGAAAAUCCAUAAAUUCCGCUCGGAAACCCAAUAUUGGCUCGUAGGAGUCGGUCAGAAAUUAAGCCAAGAUAUUAUAUAGUUUUUAAAAAAUUGGCCCUAUCAUGAGUGAAUAAAAUUUUUUUAUUCGCUCAUGGAGGGUGGGUGGGUUAGUAAAGAAAAAAUAAGAAGGCACAUUAAAGAAAUUACUGAUACUGCUCAAUACCAAGAAUCAUCAGUUGUUUAUUCAGCGAUUUCAAGGCCACAGAUAGCUAUUGAAAAACUAUAUGAAGAAGUUACCAAAAGACGCAAGGUUAAUAAAGUUUAUAUUGAUUACGCUGAAAAAGGUAAAAUACAAGAGAUUGUUAUUCUGUCUAAGCCGAUCACUAUUGUUGAACAACAUUCUCACCUAAGAGAAAAAGUGCCUUUUGUGACUGCUGAACAUAUUUUAACUCCUCUUUUAAAGCCGCUUAUAGUCUGUGAAGAAAUAUCUGCUCAUCAAGCUAAAAUUAUUCUUGGAGCACAAAGUGCAAUAUCAGCAAGCCCAGAUUCAGAGAUACUUAAAUUGCAAGCUUUCUUUAAGCCUAAUAUAUCAAUGCAAACUAUUUAUAAAAAGCCUAUUGAAAUAGUCGAAGCUACAGAGAGCCAAUCCUCUUCAGAAGAAAUCCCUGAAGAAGAAUUCGGAGCAGUUUCAUUCCAAAUUGAAGAAAAGUCCACCAAACUACAGUCAGAAGUUCCUGAAAACAAAAAGCCAUCUGCAUUAUCAUAUACAGUCCAGCCUUUACUUCUCAUUCCGUUAGAAAUCCACUAUGAGAAGCCAAAUAUUGAAGAGGAAGAAGUCAUUAUUUCUCCUGAUGUAUUUUUCUUUAACCCAAUUAUUGACGAUUCACAAGAAGAAGUAUAUACAAUGGCUACUAAGGUUGUUACAAUCGCAGAAUUCCAUGAAGAAAAGGCGAUUGUAAAGCAAGCUGAAAGUAAAGGAGAUGAAGCAAAAGAUAUAAAAUAUUAUGAAAUUAAACCAAUGCAAAAGCCUGUUAUCAGUAUAGAAAGUGUGGUUACAGUUACUCCAAAAAGACUUUUACAGAGAGAAAUUUCAAUUAUAGAAAUUAGAGAAAAUAUCGAGAAUAAGUUCUCACUUCAAGCAAUUGUGAAGCCAAUUUCUAUCCUUGAAGCUAGCCUUUCUGCUAAUUCCUCUGCUUUAUGAGAGAAAAUUGAUAUGAUUUUACGUUUGUAAAUAAUUUUUACUUUGAAUUUUCAAAGUUUAUCUUUUAUAAUCUCAAGCUAAUUCUAUUAGAUUUAGUCACCUCAAAUUCAAAACAAAUUAUCAUCAUUCUCAAUAUAUCAGAUUUUCAUUUAUAUCUAAAAUAUAUAAACGAUGUAGUGGUAAAAAAAACUCUCGUGCACUGGAAAAGGUGUAAGAAUAGUGAAACUUCUGAAAAAGAUAAGCAAAUUCUCGCUGGAGCUCACCAGACUAAAGAUAAAUCAAAUCUGCCUGAAAUAUCUAAAGAAUCGUCUCAAAAAUUAGUAGUAAUUCCUUUACAAAAACCAGUUAUUGUUGCUGAAAGUUAUAUUCACAGCCAUGAUAGUUCUGCUUUAUUGACAGGAUCACAAAGAAAUCCUCUUGAGACUGAGCCUCACCCUGAAGACCUACAAGGCUCCAGCUCUAUAAGCUCUUCUGGCCUUAAAAUCGAAAAAGCUACAUUUUCAAUCAGCUGCAAAGGCCAAGUUUUCCCUGGAUUCAAAGCAGGCUCUUCAUUACAAAAAUCCAUCAAAAUAUCAACUCAAACUUAUUCUGGAAUUUCAAAGCCUCAUAUACAAAUAGAAUCAUUUAGUGAAGAACAAAUAAGAAACUACAUCAUAAAUAAGCACAAAUUUGUUACUCAAAAGAGCCAGCAAGAAAUUUCUUACUCUCACUCAGCGAUUUCAAGGCCACAAAUAUUACUUGAAACACUUCAUAAAGAGAAAUCAAGAAAAUCGAAGGUUAGCUACGGAGAACAGCAAGAAUCAGAAAUUGUGGAAGCAAAGGUAUCAUUUGCAGUGAGCGCCAAAGUCCAAAUCCUUCCAGAGCUUUUAAUCGAAAAAUCUCUUGCUCAAAAAUCUGAAGCUUCAUCAGCUCAUUCAGCUGUUUUCAGACCUCAAGUAACUUUAAAUUAAUUACUUCCCCCCCUCUUUAAAUUGGAACAAAAUAUAGGUAAAAUUUCUACUUUUUGGUAAAUUAAACCCCCUUUAAAUUGGAACAAAAUUUAAUUUUAUAAUAAAAAAUUUUUAUAUAUCUAAAUCAUAAUUUUGAUGUAAAAAGUUUUGAUAUAAUUUAAAUUUUUCUUCUUAACUAAAAUUAAAAAUUUAGUUAUAUCCUGCUUUUGUUUAAAGAAUAGAGUAUAAAGAGCAUUUUAUUUAAAUAAAUUUAUUAUCCUUAAUUGUAAAUUUUUAAAACAAUUUAAUUUUUUUGUUUUUAAAAAAUUUUCGAAAAAUAAUAUUUUUAUUUAAAUAGCUUUGAUAUAAAUUCAAUACGAAUUCUUUACAGAAAUUCAAAAUUUACUUAUCUCUUGCUUUAUUUUAAAGAAUAGAGUAUAAAUAACAUCUUAUUUAAACAAAAUUAGCACUUUGAUCGAUAAAUUUUCUAAAAUUUUUUUUUUUUAAUUUUUUUUUAUCAAUAAAAAUAAUAAUUUUUGUGUAAAUAGUUUUGAUACCAAGAGUAAAUAGCAUUUUAUUAAACAAAUUUAUUAAUCUAAUUCGAUAAAUUUUUGAAAUUUUUUUUUUUUUUAAAUUUUAUAUAAAUUUUUUAUUUUAUAAAAAAUUUUAUAAUGAUUUUUUUUUUUUAAAAAAAAUUUUCUUAACCCCCCUUUAAAUUGGAACAAAAUUUUUAGUUCCAAUUUAAAGGGGGGGGAGUUAGAGUAUUUAAGAUGUCUAGCACCUUCUCCAACUAAAGAAAAAGUGCCAAAAUGGUAACAUCACGGGCAUUUCCAAUCUAAAAAGCCAGACCAUCCCAAAUAAAUCACCUGCCACUCUUGCCUACGCUUCGUACCUGAAAUAUGCUGUUGCCAAUAUCUGACUCAUCUUCUACACGUGCUUAUCCUCCUCGGAUGUGCUGAGUGGUGAAAACCUUCAGCUCUUGAUUGGCCCUGAAGCAGUUCCUCUUGAUAUCCUCAAAAUUUAAACUGCUUGUUGCAGUGAAGUUCUCAAGAGAAAAAUAAAACCCCAUAAAUAAAAUUCCAUGAAAGAAAGAGAAUUACGGUUACCCUAUACUAAUACUUGAUUGAAUUCCAAAUCAAGAGCAAUUGGGAUCUGGCCUUCUGUAAGGCCCUGAGUUGCACCUGCUUUGCAUGCAUUAAGCGUUCAUCCAGUUGUUGUAUUAAGCGACCAUCCAGUUGUUGUACAACCAUCCAGUUAUUGUAUUAAGCGUCCAUCCAGUUGUUGUAUUAAGCGUCCAUCCAGUUGUUGUAAAUUAAAUUCUCAUCACGAAGUUUCCAUCUUUUCUGGUGACGUCCUCAAAAAAUGGUGACGUCACCAUCUACAGGGGAGACCCUUGUUCCUUUAGCUUCCGGACCUAGCGGUCACGGGUUCCUACUCCUGAGGGGUAUUGGCUCUGGAGAUGAUGUUCCGCGCCUUCUUCACGCCCCAAGCUCCUCACGAGGCAUCCUCACUUCCUUCUCGCCGUGAAGUCCAUCCAAAAUUGCUGUCGCACACCUCAAGGGCCUAGGGAAAGGCCCAAUUUUGUUAGCAAAACUCACCCCCUGACACUUCCUUGCUCCAUGGAUUCCAGGUGUCGCCUUUUUGUUUUGGCGUCACCUGGCAAAAAAAUGUCUAUAAAUUCCAUGAGGGAGAGAAAAUUCGUAGCUCUAAUUUCUCUCGAACCUAAUGCCACUUAUUUAUCCAAACCUCAAGUAUCAGUUGAAAAGCUCUAUGAGUCUGAAACUAAAAAGAAACCAAAAUACAUAAUUUCUGAGCCUGGAACAAUAUCUAAAGAAUCCUCAAUAACUUUUUCUGCCUUGAUGAGGCCACUUAUAGUCUCUGAAGAAAUUUCUAAAGCUUCUCAACAAGAAAAAAUUCUUUCUGGAGUAGAAAGUUAUUUGGCAGCAAGCCCAGACUCAGAGAUAUUCAUUAUGAAAGCCAUUAAUAAGCCAAUUAUUUUGAUACAAACUGAGGACAAGAAACCUACUAAAAUCGUCGAAGUAACAAAAGAGACAUUUAGCAUAUCAGGAAAAGCCAAAGUAAAACCAGUUUUCCAACGAGACUCAUCAUUAGAAGAAAUAGAGCCUACAGAAAAGCCCGAGAGUUUGUCUGAUCACAGCUUUAAAAGCAGUGAACAGUCAGAAAGUGACAAGGACUCGUUAGAAUUUUUACUACCUCAAGCAUUAAUAGAAGCUGUGCAAAAAUACUCUCCUCUAUCAAAGCCUCAAAUUUUGAUUGAAAAGCAUGAUGAAGAUGAAAUAAGAAGAUUGGCAAUAAAGAAAUUCAGCAGCUCUAAAAGUCAAACAAUUGGCCAAGAAGUAGCUUUUGCAAGUACUUCUAGACCUGUUGUGCCUAUUGAAAUCCUUACUCCCCCAUAAGCGAACAAAACCAUUGGAAAGCUCCCUAUUUUUGACCAAAAACCCACCCUCUGUGAGUCUGUGAGCGAUAAAAAUUUUGAUAUAUAAGUGAUAAUUCAUAUAAUGAAAUUUCCAGCUAAUUUUGUUUAAUUUUAAAGAAAUUGCGUUUUAAAAAAAAAAAAUUAACCCCUCUGUAAGCGAACAAAUUUUUUAUUCGCUCAUGGAGGGGAGUUAGCAAAGAAAAGAUAAGAAGACAUCUCAAAGAAAUUGUUAUUUAUAGUGAUGCAGCUCAAUCUCAAGAAUCCUCAAUUGUUUAUUCUGCUAUUUCAAGACCACAAAUCGCGAUUGAAAAACUAUAUGAAGAAGUCACCAGAAGGCGCAAGGUUAAGAAGGUUUACAUUGAUUAUGCAGAAAGCAGCCAAGUCACAGAAAUUAUUCUUGAGUCAAAACCUAUCACUAUUAUUGAGCAGCAUUCUUAUAUUAAAGGAAAAGAGUCUUUUGAAAAUAUUCUGAGUCCUUCAGCUGAGAUAGAAAGUAAGCCUGCAGAAAAUCCUAUCAAUUUGCCUAAGGUUUCUAAAGACAGCCUUAGUCAAUCAGAAAGUGUUCAUAUUUUAUCUGCAGUUUUAAGACCUCAAAUUCCAAUAGAAACUUUGUAUAAAGUACCUAACCCUGGAAAUUAAAUAAUACCCAAAAUCAAUUUUUAAUGUUUUAUAUUUAUUGCAAUUAAUAGAGGAGAGUAGGAGAAAAUAUGGAAGCGAAAAAAUAAUUUCCCCAAUGGACACUUAUGAAUCCUCCACCUUAUCAGUACUAUCUCGGCCUAGAAUUCCUGUUGAGACUUUAUCAGCGUCUUCUCAGAAAAAACAAAGAAGUCUUGAACUAAGCCUUUCUACACAAAUAGAAAGCCAGGAAAGUUUCUCAAUUUCAUCAUUUAAGCCUCAAAUACCAUUUGGAGAGAUUAUCAAAGCGAAAUUAGGAAAUCUUGAAGCAAUUAUUAAAGUUAAACUUAUGAAAGCGUUUGCGACUUGGAAAGAAAAAGUUGUGUUCAAUAGAGACUCACUACAAGAGUAUUUACUCACCAGUCUAUGGGAAAACCAUUGAAAUACUUUUUUUUGGAAAUUCAUCGUUCUGUGAACAAGCAAAAAUUUUUUUCAAAUUAAAUAAUAUAUUAUUAAGUCCCUAGUUAAUUCUAUAAAUCACCUAAAAUUUUAAAGCUAACUUAAAUUUUGCAAUAUUAUAAUUAAAAUUAGCUGGAUAUUUUAGUCAUUUUUGCACAGUGGUGCUCUAUACAGUGUUUAGAGAUCUCUUGGCCGCACAAGUGAACUGGAUGGUAAAUCUGUAUCAGACUGAAACCUCUGACUUCUCGGUAGUUGUAUUGCCCUUUUGGUUUACGGCCUACAAUUUUCAACUCAGUCCUUCAUCCAUCUAACUAUUCGGCCCACCUAUCAUCACUGACUAGAUCACUUGCUCUUCAUUUUAGGAUUCGCCUAUCAUUGUCUAAUCUCCCCCUGUUUUUUUAGGUGCCCUUUAAAAAAAAUACUCAAUCGCUUUCGCGGUUCUAGGUAGAUGAUCACAAUAGCUUGAGCAGGUAAAUCACCCUACUCUAUCUCAGACACCACUGGCCCGGUCGUUGCUGAAAAAAGAAGAAUCAUCAACUGCUCUAGGAUAAAAUCACAUAAUAGCCACUCUGUGCUUGAACCUUUCUUAUAAGGUCCCUAAUAUUACUUGACCAACCUAAGUCUGCCUGAAUAUGCAUGGAAACCCUCGCUGAGAGGAUAGGACGUCAUUAGCCAUUUUAUAUUAAAUUUUACAAUACGAUUUUGAAAAAGAAAAUGAAAAAAAUCCCUAGAGCAAUCCCUCAGUUAAGAAGGAGUUAGUAAGGGAGCUUUCUAGCGAAAAAGACUGGCCGGUAAAUGAAAAAAUGGACAAACUUGUGAAGUUUUUGAUGGAAAUUUCUCAUAAGAGAGGUAAGCUGCUGGAAGUUGCAUUAUUUGAAUGGCUGGAAAAGACUAAAUUAAAUAUAAUGUAUAGGGAUGAAUAUGAAACUAAUAUAAAAUACUAAUUUAUAUAAAAAUAGCAUGGAAUAAUAAUUGAUAUAAGUAUCUUACUAUCGAAUUUAGCUAAAUACUGGUUAGUUCAGAUCCUGAAUCUUUUAGACUAUCUUCAACUGGUAGUCCAAUUGUUAACAGUCCUAUCAUUCAAGAAUUGCUAGAGAGCGAAGAAAAUAAGGACAAAAACGCCAAAAUGUUUAAAUUAGUCGAAUUUUUAGUAGGGAUUACUAACUCCCUCCUUUUUAAAUUGGAGCAAAACAUAGAUAAAUUUCCAUUUUUUGGGUACUUUAACCCCUUUUAAAUUGGAGCAAAAAAAAUUUUUUUUAUAGGAAAGUUUUAUAGGUAAAUAUUCAUUUUUUAUAAAAUUAGAUUUGACAUAAUUUAAUCGUAAAAGUGCAAGUAGAAUAUUAUUUAAACAUUUUUCACACUAAAUCGGUUAUUUUUUUGACUUAAUUCUUUAUAGAAGCAAAAAUAUCGCAUUCAAUUAAUAUGCUUUAGUUUAAAAAACUUAACCUCAUAAAUAGAAAAAGGAUCUUUGUUCCAAUUUAAAGAGUGAGGAGUAAGAGAAGGGAAAAGUUUUCGCAGAUCGCCCUGUUUGAAUGGAUGGAAAAAGCCCACUUGAUGGAUGAACAUCUUGAAGCUAGAAAAGCUGACUUAGAAAAGCAGUUUUCUUUGGAAAAAGUAAUAGAAAAGAUUAUGCAAAAUGAAGGAGAGGACAGGCCAGACAGUAAGAUGAGCAAAGUUAUGAAUUUCUUACUCCCUUAAACAUUAAUAUUAUGAAAAUUACAAUAAAUUAUUUUUAUAUUUUGUCUAAAAUUUAAAUAGCGAAUUUUUCUAAGAUUGUAUUGCGUUUAAAUCAAAUUUUUCAAUAUAGCCAUCUCUAGCCUUCAUUUUUAUUGGAAAUAUCUAGAUGCUUUAAAACCCAAAACAAUAUAAAUAGAAAAUUCUAUAUAAAAUAAAUAAUCCUCACAUUAUUAAUUGCAAAGAGGAAGUUAGUGCACUUCCAACAAAAGAGGGAAAACCAAAGUAAGCUUGCGUUAUUUGAGUGGAUGGAAAAAGUCAACUUGAAAUAUGAAAGAAUCCCUGAAAGAGACGAAGAAACACCUAUUCAAUACUCAGUCAUUUCAAGACCUCAAAUCCUACUUGAAACAAUAACAGAAGCAUCAAAUCGUCAUUCAUGGCAGUUUGAAUAUGAAUUUUCAAGCUUGCAUAAGAUUGUCACUUUGCCAUGCCUCUAUGAAGAAAAAUCAUCAGAAAGAUUUAUUAACUCCCUCAAAGAGUAAUCUUUAUGCUGAGUCAUGAAGAUUUUUGCCCACAAAUUGUAAUAAUUGAAAACAAACUGGUAAUUUAAUUUAUAAAAUAAUGUUUUGAUAGCAAUCUAACAGAAUUAAUGGAGCUUUAAUAAUAUUGAUAAAUAUAAAUGAAUAUUAUACUAAAUUGUUUAUAUAUAUAAAAAAUGCAAUUACAAAUGCAGGAGGAUACUAAUUUUCUUCCAAAAAAAUUAUGAUAUUUUGUUGAUAAGGAAGUAAGUCUCCUGCUAUUCAGCUUUCUACCCUUACAAAACCAAAGGUCCCUGCAGAAAUAAUUAUAGAGAAACUUCAAUAUCAGCCUAUGCCUUCAUUUUCAAUUCUCCAAAAACCAAUCACUCUUCCUCACCACGAAAAAUCUUCAGCCAUUUCCCAGCUUUCCCUAAAUGCCCAAGAAGCUGCGAUUGAAGCUCCUAUGCUUCAUCUCAGCCGCCUAGUAUUUUCUGCAUCCCACAAAGCUAUAAAUCUUCCAUAUCUCGAGACUGAAAAAUCUUCAGAGUUCAUCUCUUUAUCAUUUACUAUCGAAAGAAAGCCAACAGUUCAGCCUGAAUGCUACAGCUUCUUUGGAGAAACCGAAAACUACAUAAGAUUGAAGCUCAGAAAUCUUGGAUCAAUUUGCAGAUAUAGGAAUUGCCCGAGGAUGGCGCUAUCUUGCGCCAUCCUCGGGCAAUUCAAAAAAUGGCCCCACACCGGAAAUCGAACCCACGUGUGGGGCCAUUUUGGUGCGUGUAAGUCGAUGUUGGGCCACACACCAAAAAUGGCCCCACACGUGGGUUCGAUUCCAGGUGUCGGGCCAUUUUUGAAUUGCCCGAGGAUGGCGCAAGAUAGCGCCAUCCUCGGGCAAUUGCUAUACAAUGUAAUGAGAGCAUUUUUGCUUUGGAAACAAAAUGAUGCGUUAAAUAGCAGCGGAAACUUCAAAGAAACUUUGGUAAGGAAACUCACAAGUGAAAAAGAAAAGCCAGACGAGAAAAUGGAUAAAGUUGUAGACGCAUUUGGAUCUAUUAGUAACUCCCUCUAAACACCUAUAGAUUUUUUAUGCUGGCUUUUUAAGAACUUAUAAAUAUUUUUUAUAAAAAAUGCCUCAUUAUUUAUUGAAGGAGUAAGAAGAGAGAAAAAUUCGCUGAAUUGGCAUUGUUUAAGUGGUUAGAGAGCUCUAAAGAUAUAGACUUGAAGCCUGAAAAAGAGCCAGAAUUCUUCUUUGGAGAAAGCAGUAUCAGCAUUCAAGACUCCCAGGGUAAUCACUUUGAAGCUUUCAGAAAGGUUUGUGUUCCAUUAGAGACCUACGAUGAAAAAUCUCACAGAAAAAUUGUUUUCCCAUACUUAUCGUCUCAGCAAUAUUCAGUAGUAUCAAGACCACAAAUCCCUAUUGAUGUCAUUUCCAAAGCUAAAAGAGCUAAAUCUGCUGCAAUUGAGGGCUCAUUUAAAGCUUACUCAGCUAUAUCCAAACCUCAAGUAUUGCUUGAAUCAAUAGUCCAAGCCUCAUACCUUAAUUACCUGACAGUCUCCAAGCCUCUUACUAUUAUUUAUAUAUAUGACGAGGCUAAGAAAUCAGAUGGCUGGGAAGACAUUUCGACUCCAAAACCAUCACAAAGGAUCACUAAGCAGGCCAGGUCAACUCUUAAGUCAAGAAAGCCGCUUAGCAAGGCUCAAAGCUUGCCAGUCAGUGAUAUACCACCAUUUUAUUCUCCAAUCACCAAACCAAUUACUAGCAUUGAAAUUUGUGAAGAGCCUCAUGAACCAGCUUGGGAAGAUUUGAAUACUAAAAAGCCUACCCAAAAAAUAACAAAGAGACCUAGAGCUGCCCUUAAGUCAAGAAAGCCAAUGAAAAACAUUUCAGAGUUCCAUAUAUCUGAUAGACCAGUUAUUCCUAUAGAAGAGCAUGCUAUACCGACUGCAGAACAAUUGGCUAGAAUGUCAGAAAAAGUUAAGGAUGCAUUGAGAUGUUUAGCACAUAUAUCAAAAGAUAGCCUGAGCAAGGCAUUCUAUAGGUGGAGAUAUGUAUAUUCUGAGCAGAAAGAAUCAGAAAAGGCAAUAGAGUAUAGCAUUUCGACUAAGCUGAAACCCUUGAUACUUCUUGAAACUUUAUCAUCUAAGCAGCAUCAUCAGAAAGAUAAAAAAUUAACGUCAAGUGAUACUAUUCUAUUAAAGCUGUAUAAUAUUAAUUUAGUAAUUACUCCCCCAGCUUAUAGAGAGAACGAUUUUUUUAUAUAUUUAAAGCGGCAUAAAUUUUUUAUAUUAAAAAUUUUUACAAUAUUUAAAAAUAUAAAAUUAUAUAAAAUUUUUUAUAAAAUUAACUAGAGAUCUUGCUAUAAGAUUUAUCAAUUAUAUAAGAUUAUUUAUAUAAAUAAAAACUGUCCUUAAGGAUUUAAUUUCCAAAAAAAUAGAGAUUUUUCCAAUAGAUUUGCUCAGAGAGUUAGAUAUAUAUUAUUGGCUAAUUCAUUAAAAAAUAUCAUAAGACUGUUAAACUUUCUCCAUUUGAGAAGCCAAGAGUAGAAAUUGCAACAGAAAAAGUUGAGUACGUUAUUUUACCACAGCCGAAACGUACGAUAUCUGCAGUAAAACCACAAUUAAGCUCUUCUACCUUAGAACUAUCAAUUAUUAAAAAACCUCUUAUCUCUAUUUCUAAUAUUUCCAGAUGCGAAUUCCAGCCUGAAAACAAGCUUUUGACCGAUAUAGAAGUUAGCGAAGAAUACCAAGUCAUAUUGCCACGGCCUAGCAUCAGAAGAGCUUUAAUAAAACGGCGAAAGCACGCACCUUUCAAGAAGCCAAGAUUCCACUCAAUCAGUGAAGUUGAAUUCCAGCCACAAAGCAAACAGCUUCAAGACAUUUUUACCGCUGAGGCAGAAAUCGAAACUUAUGAAGCACCACAACUGCAGGAGUCUGAAGCUCCUGAAGAGCCUCUUGAAGAAAUUUCUAUUCCUAUAGCAAUUUUUGAGCAGCCGUUAUACUCUGAGAUAGAGCCUUCUAUUGCUGAAAAUACAGUGCAGGUAUACACAGUAGUUUCAAAACCAAGAGUUGUUUUAGAAAAGAGAGUUAUAAGUGUUGAUGAAGGGCAAUCUUCUAACUUAAUCUGUCCAAAAAUAGCAAGCGAUUUUAGAUUAAUAUGAUUUUAAAAAAAUUAAUAUAAAUAAUAUAAAAAAUUAUUAAUUAAAAUUCAAUUUUUUUAAAAAGCUAGGAAUUAUAAUGAUCUUGAGGCGAGCUAGAACAAAUUAUCAAGCCAAAAUUAGGAAAUCUAGAAGCAAUUAUCAAGGUUAGGCUUAUGAAAACAUUUGCCACUUGGAAAGAAAAAUCAGCUUUUAAUCCAGAAUCACUACAAGAGUACAUCACCAGAGAGUUUUCCAGUGAAAAAGAAUGGCCAGUGGACGAAAAAAUGGACAAAAUUGUGGAACACCUCACAGAAAUUUCCCGUAAAAAAGACAAAUUUGUAGAAAUCGCUAUGUUCGAAUGGCUUGAAAAAGCGAAAUUCAACAGUUCAGAUCCUGAGUCCUUAAGACUUUCUUCAGUAGGCAGUCCUAUAGCCAAAGUAAUUUCCUCAGAAACUGACUCUCCACGCCUAUCCACUUUUGGCAGUCCUGUAAUCCAUGAACUACUCGAAAAUGAAGAAAAUAAAGACAAAAAUGCAAAAAUGUUCAAGCUUAUUGAAUGUUUAGUAGGAAUCACCAAGAAAAGGGAAAAAUUCGGGCAGAUGACGCUAUUUGAAUGGAUAGAAAAAUCAAAUCUAUUGGACGAAAAUCAAGCUGAGCUUGCAAAGAAGUUUUCUAUGGAAGAAGUAAUUGAUAAAAUCAUUCAAAAUGAAGGAGAGGAUAAGCCAGACAGCAAAAUGAGCAAAAUUCUUAGAUUUUUAGUAGAAUCCCAGAGAAAGAAAGAAAACCACAGCAAACUUGCCUUGUUUGAAUGGAUGGAAAAGGUCAACUUGAAGUUUGAGAGAUUCCCUGAAGGAAUGCAGAUCCAGUAUUCAGCAAUUUCAAGACCACAAAUUUUGCUUGAAACCAUAACUGAAGCGCAAAAGUCACAGACUUGGCAAUAUAAAGGUGAAUUUUCUGCUGCCCAAAAGAUAGUCACUUUCCCAUAUCUUGAUACUGAAAAGUCUUCUCAAAUUAUUUCUCAGUCAUUCACCAUUUAUAGAAAGCUUGCUGUCCAGCCAGAGUGUUACAGCUUCUUAGGGGAAACUGAAAAUUACAUUAUUUCAAUUUAUAAUAAAUUUGUCUAUCAUAAGUUUUUAUUAUUUUAUUUAAAAAUAUAAGGAUUUAGGUAUAAACUGAAGCUCAGAAACCUUGGAUCUAUUUGUAGGUAUAAUUUGAUGAGAGCAUUUUUGCUUUGGAAACAAAAUGAUGCACUAAAUAGCAGUAUAGUCCUGAAGGAAACUUUAGUAAGGAAGCUCACAAGUGAAAAGGAAAAGCCAACUGACGUGAAAAUGGAUAAAGUUGUUGAGACUUUAAGCGAUAUUAGUAAAAAGAGAGGAAAAUUCGCGGAAUUAGCAUUGUUUAAGUGGAUUGAAAACUCAAAGGAUUUAGACUGGAAGCCUGAAAAAGAGCCUGAGUUUUAUUACCAAUCUGGUGAUACCAGUAUGAAUAUCACAAUUCAGGACUCGAAAGUCCAUGAAUACAGCUUUAGCAUAUGUAGAAGAAUUUGUGUACCACUUGAAGUCCAUGAUACAGCAUCCCAUAGAAGACUUUUAGGUUCGUUAGAAAAUGAGUCCAUGCAGUAUGCAGCGGUAACUAGACCUCAGAUUCUCGUUGAAGUUAUCUCUUCAGAGAAAAAAGCUAAGAUUGUCUUAUCAGAGCAGCCGAGUUUAUAUGCAGCUUAUUCAUUUAUAACAAAGCCACUCAUACUAUUGGAAUCAUUGCUAGAAAAAUCAGACGAUAAAGAAAAGCCUAUAAUAAUCCCCAAAUCUCAAAUUCCUCUUGAAGUGGCUUCUGAAGCAAAACUUGACUCAUCAGAACAGCCGAGCCUGUAUGCAGCUUAUUCAUUUAUAACAAAACCACUCAUACUAUUGGAAUCAGUAUCAGAAAAAUCAUACGAUAAAGAACAGCCUAUGAUAAUCUCUGAACCUCAAAUUCCUCUUGAAGCUGCUUCUGAAGCAAAACUUGACUCAUCAGAAAAUCCAAGCUUAUUUGCAGCUUAUUCAUUUAUUAUAAGACCUCUCAUACUAUUAGAAUCAUUAUCAGAAAAAUCAGACGAUAAAGAAAAGCCUAUGAUAGUCUCCGGACCUCAAAUUCCUAUUGAAAUGGUUUCUAAAGCAAAACUUGAUUCAUCUGAAAAUCAAAUCUUAUAUUCAGCUUAUUCAUUUAUAACCAAACCACUCAUACUAUUGGAAUCAUUGCUAGAAAAAUCAGAUAACAAAGAAAAGCCUAUGAUAAUCUCUGGACCUCAAAUUCCUAUUGAAGUGGCUUUUGAUGAAAAACUUGUGGCCCCAGGAAAUCUCAGCUCUUUUGAAAUAUACUCAUUUAUCAUAAGACCUAUCAUACUAUUGGAAUCACUAUCAGAAAAAUCAGACGAUAAAGAAAAGCCUAUGAUCAUCUCUAUACCUCAAAUUCCUCUUGAAGCGGAUUCUGUAGCAAAACUUGAUUCAUCCGUAAAUCAAAGCUUAUAUGCAGCUUAUUCGUUUAUCACAAGACCUCUCAUACUAUUGGAAUCAUUAUCAGAAAAAUCAGAUGACAAAGAAAAGCCUAUGGAAAUCUCAGGACCUCAGAUUCCUCUUGAAGUAGUUUCUGAACAAAAACUUUUGGCCCCAGAAAAUCUCAGCUCUUUUGAAGUGCACUCAUUUAUUAUAAGGCCUCUCAUAUUAUUGGAAUCAUUGUCAGAAAAAUCAGGUGAUAAAAAACAGCCUAUGAUAAUCGCCAAAUCUCAAAUUCCUCUUGAAGUGGCUUCUGAAGCAAAACUUGACUCAUCAGAACAGCCAAUCCUAUAUGCAGCUUAUUCAUUUAUAACAAAACCACUCAUACUAUUGGAAUCAGUAUCAGAAAAAUCAUACGAUAAAGAACAGCCUAUGAUAAUCUCUGAAGCAAAACUUGAUUCAUCCGAAAAUCCAAGCUUAUAUGCAGCUUAUUCGUUUAUCACAAGACCUCUCAUACUAUUGGAAUCAUUGUCAGAAAAAUCACACGAUAAAGAAAAGCCUAUAAUAAUCUCCAGGUCUCAAAUUCCUCUCGAAAUGGCUUCUGCUGAGAAACUUUUGGCCCCAGAAAAUCUCAGCUCUUUUGAAGUGCACUCAUUUAUCAUAAGACCUCUCAUACUAUUGGAAUCAUUGUCAGAAAAAUCAGACGAUAAAGAAAAGCAGAUAAUAACUUCCAGACCUCAAAUUCCUCAAGAUGUGGCUUCUGAUGAGAAACUUGUGGCCCCAGAAAAUCUCAGCUCUUUUGAAGUAUACUCAUUUAUUUCAAAACCACACAUAAUGCUAGAGUCAUCAUCAGAAAAAUCAGAAGAUAAGGAAGAGACUAUAAUAAUCUCUGGACCUCAAAUUCCUUUUGAAGUGGCUUCUUAUGAGAAACUUGUGACCCCAGAAAAUCCAAGCUUAUAUGCAGCUUAUUCAUUUAUCACAAGACCUCUCAUACUAUUAGAAUCAUUGUCAGAAAAAUCAGAAGAAAAAGAAAAGCCUAUAAUAAUCUCUAGACCUCAGACUUCUCUUGAUAUCGCUCUCGAAGGGAAACUUAUUGCGUCAGAAAGUCUCAGCUCAUUUGAAGUUUAUUCAUUUAUCUCUAUUCUAUUAGAUUUAUACGCUUAACGUCCCUUACGGGGUUGCCCAUCCCAGAGCUUCCGGGUCGACCAGCUUCGUCACCAGGGUGCACCUAGUCGCAGGUGUUGCCGACUUCGACGGCUCAUGACUGAGCUACUUCGCUUGAGGACAUGGGUUGCCAUUCCGAAAAUCCAUAAAAAAUGGAUUUUCUGGUAGGCUUUCGGCAGAAGGGAAAACACGACGCCUGGGACGUAACGCCCAGUUUCACGCUAGGGAGUUGCCCGAUUGGUCCUAACGGACUCUGCUGAGCUUCCCCUUUCCAACUCGCGUGCCUCCUUCCCCAUGAGGAAAAAACAUCCCUGAAAAUAGACUUGGGCUAGGCUCUGAGCUCCACCAGAAUUGCUUACCUAGCAUUGCUGUCCCUCUCUGAAAUGCAAAACCUUGUCGGAUAUAAUUAAAAUAUGAGUCGAGGCUGCAUGGCCGGGAGGCCAUGCCCAGACGAAGACGCCAUAUUUUAAUUAUUAUUCAUUUAUCUCAAAGCCACUCAUACUAUUAGAAUCAUUGUCCUCAAGGUCAAUCGACUUAGAAAAGUCUGCACAGUAUUCAGCAAUAGCAAGGCCUCAAGUUUCUCUUGAAGUGAUAUCUAAAGAAAAAAGAGCCAAAUCUGCCUUAUUAGAAAAAUAUAAUGACAUUAUUCUUAGUUCAGAACAGCGUUCAUAUAUGGCAUUAGCAAAACCUAUAAUCAUGUUUAGUCAGAUACACGAACGAAAAGUCCAAUCCCAGGUUAUGACAGUUUUAGCAGCGGCAAAAGUGAUCAUUCCUCUUGAAUUAUUGUCAGAAAAAACAGAAAGCUUAGAUAAGAAAGUAUAUUUGCCUAUAAGCAGACCUUUAACUAUUGUGGAUAUGUUUAGCGAAGACUGGGAAGAUAUCACUCCCACUCAAAAAUCUUUAGUAAUCACCAAGAAAAAAGGUCCUGCACUUAAAUCUAGAAAGCCAGUGACUAAGAAUCUCCAAUCGUUCUCUCUUCUGAAAAAGCCACUUGCGUUUAUAGAAGAGCUUGAAAUUUCUGAAAAAGUAAAAGAUUCGCUAAAUCUCUAUUUAUUGUCAGCUCAUUUUUGGAUUUUCAGCUUAGCCUUAAAAUAAAUUUAUAUUUCAAUAUUUUUUCAGGUAAUAAAACCCUUUUUUAAAGCUAAUAAAAUGUUUUCCUUGCUAUUUGGCAAAGUAAGGCAUUUGAAUCAUAUUCUCAAAGAUAGGAUUAGCAAAGCCUUUUAUAUAUGGAAGCACAAUGGAUCUUCUGAAGAAUUCAUAGAAGAAGUCACUACAGUCACUUGGUCUAUUGAAAGGAAUGACCCUGCUUUCAAAGAAUCAGCCCUAGCUAGACUUGCAUUUGUGAUUAAUCAGACUGAUGCCAAAUUGCUUGGCUUUGCAUUUGAAAAAUUGAAAUAUAUCAGCCAAACUGCCAAAGCUCCUGAAUUUGUGUAUACUGAAUUGCCUAGCUAUAGAGUACUUACUAUAGUUGAAACUUAUGACAAGCAUAGGAGAGCCAAUAUUAAAGCUGAAGACGAUCUUAUAGAGCUAGGAUCUGUUUCCUCAUUAGAGGAAGCUGUGGAAGAAAGACAAGUAUAUGAAGUCCUUACCAAACCUAAUAGCUUCCCAAUUUGCAUAUUUGAACAGAUUCCUAUCAAAGCAGGAGAAAUAAAAUUGUGACGUUGGCGGAAGUUCGUCUCCGAGGCUUACUUAUAUGAGCAAGUAAGACCCAUCCUGAUGAAGCUGAAAACAGGGCCUCUGUCCUUUUUGAGUAAACCUUUAGAAUUGGGGAUGCCUUACCGAAGAGGAAGAAUUCUUUCUCCCCCAAUGGUUUUCCUGUCCCUGCCAGGUAGGCUAAACAGGUUUUUUCUCUAUAGGGGCGACCUACAGAGGUGGGUCUAACAUAGAGAGCUAAUCCUUAGGUUAGGUGAGUAUCGCCAGAAAAUUCAAGAGUAUAGAAUUUUGGUUGUGAUUUACACUAUUUGCACUCUUGUGUAUACGCACCCAGCAUAGGCCCCUUUCCUUGUGUCAAGGUAGUCUUGCUAGUGAAAACCCACUUAUGGCCUUGUAAUCUUUAUCUUGAUCUAUCAAAGUAGAAAUGACCGUAGACAGCGAAUAUAUAGUUUCCAGCAUCUUUAAGCCCCUCAUAAUGCCUGAAAUUCUAUCUCCAAAAGCCCACCAAGUGUCAGACACCCUCAUCCCUGGUGAAACCAGAACUAUACAAUUUGUCCCAUUCGAAAAGCCCCGACCAAGAAUUACCGAAGAAAAAGUCGAAAUUGUGAUUCUCCCUCUUCCUAGAGUUGAUAGAGAAUUAAGAAAGAGCAACACCCCUCUUGAUACAUCUAAAGAUGAGUCAUCAUUUGAAAAACCUGAAGCUUCUAACGAAAUCAGAGUCCUAACUAAGCCAUUAUCCCCAUUAGCCAAAGUAACCCGCUUGUUCUUUGAAAUUUCAGACAAAAUGACUGUUCCAAUUGAAGAAGAUGAGGAAUACAAAGUUGUCCUGCCGAAAUCUAUUAUUAGGCGACCAUUGGUUAAGCGAAGAAAAUAUGCCCCAGUAAGCAAGCCAAGAUUUGAAACCAGCUCACAGGUUACUAUUCAGCCUGCACAAAAAGUGAUCCAAGAUAUUCUCAUUGUAGAAGGAGCAGACACCCAAGAAGUCGGAUACGUCACUGAAGACACUCAUAGAACUUUGCAGCUGGAAAUUAAGCCAGAGGUCACUGAAAUGGAGUUUACUUUUGAAUUUAAAGAAGAAGUCCCUGAAGUAGUUGAUGAAUAUUCAAUUGAACAAAAAGCAGAAUCUUCAGUCCUGGUAGUUGAAAGGUUCGAGGCUGAAAAUAAGCCAGAAGUGUUUGGAGCUGUAUAUGAAGAAGAAGUCAAUGUGUAUUUAUUAGACCAAAAAGUGGUUUCAUCAUUGGUAAAUGUAGAGAAAUAUCACUAUGAAUUAGAAACUAAGCCAGAGGUGCUUGAAGCUGUCUAUAGACAAGAGAUCAGUGAAUAUCUGCUAGAACAAAGACCUAUACUAAGAUAAGUGUUUUUACACAUAAUUUAGCAUAAGCAUGCUAUUUUAGAAUUUGAAUAUGUUGUUUAUAUUAUUUAUGAAAAUAAAAAAAUGUAAUAAUAGUAUACUUCAUCAUUAUUGCUUAUUGAGAAUUAUCAUUACCAAAUAAAACCUCAGCCAUUUAUAACUUGUAUUGAGCAAGCCAUUGCUAUAGAAUACUCAUUAGAGCAUAAAGCUGAUACUUCAUUGUUAUUAAUUGAGCAAUUUAAGUCUGUUCAUUCCCUCCCAAGAAUUCAGCCAGUCUCAAAGUCCUUUACUUCUUAUUUGCCAAUACAAAUCGAGCGAAAAGUGGUCAUAGACAUUGAAGAAGAUGAGGAUUAUUCUUUGCAAUCCACUACAAAGCAGCUGGUAAAGCACACCAAAUAUGUACCAUUCGGCAAGCCAAGAGUAAAAUCAAGCUCAAACCUUGAAAUCCUUCCAGUCAGAAAAAUCGUUUCUGAUAUAUUGGCAGUAGAAAAGCCAUCUGAUAUCAUUACUAAAGAUAGUGCAAAAGAGCUGCAAGAAAGUGUCCUAGCUAAUCCAGAGCCAACCGAGCUAGCAGUCACAUUUGAGUUUAAGCCAGAAGUUGCUGACCUCCCUAAUGAAUAUUAUCCUUCUGAAAAGCCAGCUCCUUCCAUGCUUGCAGUCCAAGAAUUCGGUCCUCCGUAUUCUCUCGCUACAGUUUACCCUUACAAUGCAGAAAAAUCAGAAUACAGUCAAAUCCGUAAAAAUCCUUCUUCAAUGCUAUUAGUUGAAGACUUUGGCCAUGAGCUGAAUUUACCUGUUACUGAUCCAAUAUAUGACCAAGAUUUACUAGAAAGCCAAGAAGAGUUAGUUUAUAAAGAAAUAGACAUAAGCAGCCUCCUUAGCAAGCCACUUGUAAAAGAUUUAAGUUCUUUGCUAGACUCCCCCGAAAUCCAGUCAACAGAAAGAAUUACUAAAUCAUUGGAGCCAGAAGAAGAAUUCAAACAAGUCACAGGACGAUCACAAGCAGAGUCACUUGGAAUUGAAACCCAUAGACCAGCGUCUACUUCUCGAAGAAGAGUCCACAAAGUUCGCCGUAUCUAUACUAAGAAAUUAAGAUACUACCCACUUCAAAAAGGCAUCAAAGCUCUUGCCCAAAGCAAGAUCGUCAAGCCAAUGCAAGAAGCCUUUGACCUCCUCAAAUAUCUGCUUUAUACUUCGACAACCCCAUCUCAGCAGAAAAUAGAACAGGCUCCUAAUAUUGAAGAUUUCACCCCACGAGCCAUCACAAUUCAAAGGUUUGCCAGAGGAUUUUUAGCAAGAAAACGGUUUGCAACUAUGAAAGAAGUCCAAAAGGUCAGAAUUGUCGAGCCAAGAAAAAGCAGCAGCUCUAUGAAAAUCAGACUGUCUAAAUUUACCUUGAAAUCGAGGCUUCUUACCCUUAAAAAAGUCGUACAUAAGGUCCUGCUGAAGUCUAAAAAAGAAUGCUUUUUGAGAAUGAAAAGAAGAGACGCCAGCGCAAGACGAAGAAACUUUUAUAAAAUCCAAAAAGGAACCAAGGCUAUUGUAGGAAUCUGCUCCCAAAGGUACGCUGAAGCAUUUGAGAACCUCAAGAAAAAUUUAUUAACGAAAUAA